AUGGCAACCCCUCAAUCACCCGCGCUCGCUGGAUUUAGUCCAAUUGCAGAGGAUGAACAGAUUGUGAACACCGCCAUACUCCUACUUCUAAACACUCUUACGGCCUACCACCCUGAUUUGGGAAUUGGUAGCUGUAUGGAAUGGACCAUGAAGCGAAAGGUCUUUAGAUGUGGUCCGUCGGAGGCACGCACAGAUGGGUUUCUUCGCGAUGCGCGGCAUACCACAAGGGCGAUUCUCGAGGUCAAGCCAUUCGUGAGAGGUACGAAUUCCAGAGCGAUUCGAAUGCGGGAAGCUGCCCAGCUAGCAGCCUGGAAUUUCUCAGAGGCACCUCAGAAAGGAACGACUGUCCAAGACAGUAAUGGAAUCUUUAGGCGACUGUUGAUUUCACAGGACUCCACCGAAAUCUAUUUGACAAUAUCGGAGUUCGACCAGCAGUAUCUUGACUACAUCACAGGUCUUCAACAGCCACCGGACCAACAGCGUUCUUUUACGUAUCUAGUCACCAUGGGCCCAUGGUUCAUCAACAAGGAGUCGCAUACGAGAGAUCUUGGUAGCCUUCUACUAGCAUUUACUCUUCAUCAAAGUAAACUAUUGGAGCCAUCGGAAGGUGCUGACCCAUUCACAUCCGCCAGCCCAGGCACAGAAGGUCAAGAGCGAUUCCAAACGCUACCCAUCAGACAACCUCCUAGAGGUUCAGGAAGAGCGCCCAUCCAAGACGACUACCAGCAAGGAGAGAGUAGCCGUCCGUCAACCAGGCCACAUGCGGUUUCCACAGCCCAGGAUCAAAGGGCCGACAAGAAAGACAAGAAUGACAAAAAUGACAAGAAAGACAAAAGGGAAAAGAAUGACAAAAAUGACAAGAAUGACAAGAUUAGCAAGAAAGGAAAGAAAGGAAAGUAG